AUGCGCACCAUAAUUAUGCUGUAUGUAGCACUACUUAUCAUCUUCGCAACGCUCGACUUUUCUGUUCAUUCCUUUCCAUUUUCACAAACUCGACUGACUACUGGCAUACCAGCCAAGUUCUUGCAUAUCACGGACAUUCACAUAGAUCCAUACUACCGUCCGUACACCUCUCCUGCUUUUUCUUGUCAUCGCCGCUCUCUUAAUUCACCAAACACAGCCCUUCCGUAUGGGACUGUUGGCACGCCUUGUGAUACACCAUUUAUUACAGCGAACGCGACAUUCAAUUUCCUUCACGAACAAUCGCUUGUACAGUUCGUUGUUUAUACCGGAGACAGCGUACGACAUGAUAGGGAUAAGCUGAUGGAAAGAACGAAAGCAGAAGUAGAAGAAGGAAACAAGAUGGUAGUGCAAUGGUUUGUGGAUGAAUUUGUUAAAAAUGGUAUCGCAGUGAUUCCAACAAUAGGUAACAACGACGUAUACGAACACGACUUUCUCCCACCUGGUCCAACACCAUUCUUAAAUACUCUCUUUCACAUCUGGAAACCACUCAAUCUCAACCUGACAUCUUCUUUCCUUCGUGGAGGCUACUUUCGUCACGAUAUUCCCGACAGUCCCCUGACUUUUAUUUCUAUGAAUUCAAUGUAUUUAUAUAAUGUUAAUGGCUUAGUCGGUGAUUGCACUGAAGGAACUAUAGGAUGGGAGAUGCUGAGAUGGAUGACUGGAGAAAUGAGAGAUCUGAAAGGAAAAGAGAGGAGAGUUGCAAUAUUGCAGCAUGUGCCACCAUUUGAUGCUAAAGGGAGGAUCGCCUACUUCCCUAAAUGCUAUGAGAUGUACGUUGAUAUUCUUGGACGCUAUUCUGAUAUAAUUAUUGGACACUUUGCAGGACAUACGAACGAUGACACAAUAGCAUUUGUAACUGAAUCGAGCGAAGGAUACAAAAUGUAUCCUGUAGUGAAGGAAGAAAAACCUGCAAAUAAUUCGAACAAGAAUGUAGUAUUGGUGUUAAAUAAUGCGCCUUCAGUUAUUCCUGCCAAUAAUCCAGGAUUACGUAUCUAUCACUAUGCAACCUCUCCUCAUAACUAUGGUCAUCUCCUCGAUUACGUCCAAUAUUAUGUGAACAUGACGCAAGCCCAUCUGGUUGACAGUUUCGAAUACGAGAUCGAAUACACCGCACGCGAUGCAUAUGGUUUGGAAUCAUUAGAGCCAAAAGAAUGGAUGAAACUACUGCGCGAGUUUGAACAGGAUGACAGUGAGGCUUGGAAGAAGUACUGUUUAUAUCAGACUGUGAGUGAGACUGACGGCUAA